AUGUUCACCCCCACACUCGCCCGCCUAGCGGGCGGCCGCCCAGGUUUCCUCCGCCGCAGCAUCGAAGAGCUCCGUCGUCAAGCCGGCAUCGCCGUCCGCAUGGAGGGUCUCCACGAACCACAGAAGCCGUUUCCCCUGAUCAAAUUCGACGAGUCGCAGACGCCCGAACGAUGUAAAAUCAUGUCUGACCAGACGAAUUUCGGGGGGUAUAGUAGAGCUACUUUGACCCAUGUCCCUGGCGCGCCGCAUGUGGAUAAUGAGGGGGGGUUGGGGAGGAUUGGGGGUGGGGAGAGGGGUGGUGAGGAGCCGAGUCAUGCGGUUUUUACGGGGAUGAUUAGUACGGAUUUACCUGUCAAUCGGCCGGAUAUUCAGAGGAGUGGUUUCGCGGCGUGGAGGACAAGGGAUCGGGGGUGGUGGAUGUUUGGCAAGUUGCUGUGGGAUAUUGAUCCUUAUGCUUAUCUGGCCCUGCGGAUCAAGAGUGAUGGGAGGAGGUACUUUAUCAAUAUCCAGACGGAGAGUAUUGUCCCCACGGAUAUCCAUCAGCAUUUACUCCCUUCUUAUACGCCGGGACAGUGGGAGACGGUCACCAUCCCCUUUUCCGCCUUCGUGCGCACGAAUUAUGGGGUUGUGGUCGAGCCGCAGAAGGAGAUGUUGAGGCAGAAGGUCAGGAGCGUGGGGAUUGGAUUGACGGAUCGGGUGCCCGGGCCUUUUGAAUUGUGUAUUGCCGAUGUGUAUGCUACGAAUCGAGCGCCGGAGCAUGAUCGGUUGAAGAGGGAGGAUACAGGGUUCGAUUUGGAGGUCGAGGAGGAGGAGAGUCAUGGGAUGAUGGAUGAGAUUGCGCCGAAGAGGAGAAAGGGGGAGCCGGAGAGGAUCUUGAUAUGA